AUGAAAAAGAAUUUACUGAAAAACCUACCGCUGGCAAUUGUUCAUCACUCACUCGAGCCUAAAGUUCUUGCUGCAUUUUGCAGGGCUUUAAGCUUAACGAGAAAUGUUCAUAAAAUUGUAAUUGGUGGUCUUCAUUUUCAUAACCUUUACGGAUCAUUAUCAGUAAUACUUAAUGAAAACAAUACUAUUGAAGAACUUACCAUCAAAGACCAUCAAAAUUCAAAUGAUUUCAAAUUAUUUGUCCAAAGUAUUCCAAAUUCUGGACUUAGGACAAUUAAAUUUGUUAAUUCAAGCUUUACUCCAGAAAUGGCAACAAGUUUAGUGACAAUUCAUCUCGCGAAUAACCUCAAAAGAUUGAAAUUCGAUAAUUGUAAUUUAAGUCCUCAAAUUUACGAAAUUUUCUACAACAAUGUUAAAGCAUUUGAGAAACUCGUUUGUUUGGAAGUCUGCAAUGAUUCGAAGAAGAUAUCUGAAGCGAUGCUUCCAAAAGUUUUCAAAUUUGUUUCUCUGGCCGACAUCCAAGAGUUUAAACUCAAAAAUAUGGAUCUAGAUAUUGCUGUUAUUCUAAAUUCAAUUACCGAUGAUACACUUUACCUGUCGAAAUUGAAUCUGUCUCAAAAUUACUGUUCAAAGAUCACAAAAACUGAUCAUUAUUUCCCAAUUUCCAUCAAUAAACUCAAUUUGAGUGAAGUUUCCUGGAAAAUGAAUUCGCUUGCCGAAUUUUUGGCUUUACAACCUUUCAGAUCAAGCAUUGCUGUUGAUUUUUCCAAUGCCCAGUUCCCUCCAAAGGUCCAGAAAUUCCAUAUCUUUGAAGAAAUGCCAGAAUCUACGAAUAUUUUCUUCAUUAACGAUAUUAGAUGGAACAAAAACCCAAUUAACGCUAAACUUUUGCAUUAUUUGACAUCAAUUAAGUCUCUUAGAACAGCUUUCUUCGAAGAUUGCAGCUUUUCCAUGGAUGCCAGAGAUGAAAUUUUACUUGCUUUCGCAAGACUCAUCAGCGACACUAAAUUGGAGAAACUUUCAUUGGCAGGAACACUCCAAUAUUUCAAUAUUAACGGAUUAAUCGCUCUACAACGUGCUUUGUCCUCUCAUAAUUAUCUUCUUUCACUAAAUUACUCUGGAAACAACAUUGGUGAUGAAGGAUUGAACAUUCUUAGUAAUAUACUCCAUAUAAACAAGAGUAUUGAGCACUUAAAGGUCGAUAAAUCCAAUUUGACGGAUCCAAACAAAUUUAUUCAAUUUAUUAAGGAUCUUUCAACGGUUGAGAACUUGGUGUACGUUUCUAAACCAAGGAAAGACAUCAGAUUUCUUAGUACUAAGUUAAACAAAUCGUUUGAAAACACAAUUAAAACGGUUUGGGAUGAUUUCGCCAGAGAGAAUGAGAAGAAAGCUUCGGACAGCAAUUUCAAUGACAUGUCCAUGCAUUCUGCCAUGAAUUCAACCAUGGAAAGCUCAACUUCGAUGUAUGAAUUAAGACCACCAUUGGUUGAAGCAACAUGGAAUAUCAACAUUGAUAUCGGAUAUCUUCCAAAUAACUGGGAACAUGAAGAAAACCUCUUUGCAUAUGAAACAAUCUUGAAUACUACUUUACCAACGUUUGAAGAAGAAGAGGAUGAGUUCGUUGAUGAGCCUGAUCCAUCAAACAUACUUGAUAUAGAAGUAUUUUAA